UUAAUAAAUUUUAUAUAGAAUUUACAGAUAUAUAUUUAUAUAUAAAUUUACAUAAUAUUUUGAAAUAAAAAUACGACAUUUCGUAAAAAUGAGUGCUGUUACUAAAGGAAUUUUCAUUAUUGGUGCAAAACGUACACCAUUUGGAAAAAUGGGUGGUGUCUUUAUGCAGAAAAAUAUAACAGACUUAUCUGUUAUUGUAUCCAAAGAAGCAUUAAAAACUGCUAAUGUACAGCCUGAGCAAAUUGAUAAUGUAAUAUUUGGAAAUGUUGCAUCUAGUUCAUCAUCUGAUGGUGCACUUAUGCCAAGACACGUAUCAUUGAAAUGCGGAAUACCUGUUGAAAAACCAGCUUUUGCAGUUAAUCGAUUGUGUGGUUCUGGUUUUCAGUCUGUUGUUAGCGGUGCUCAGAGUAUUUUAACUGGAGAAGCAAAUAUUGUAUUAGUUGGUGGUGCUGAAAAUAUGAGUCAAAUGCCUUUUGUUGUACGAGGUAUUCGUUUUGGAACCGCUUUGGGUCAAAAAUAUGAAUUUGAAGACUCACUUUGGCAGGGAUUAUUUGAUACAUAUUGUGGUUUACCAAUGGGUAUGACUGCUGAAAAACUUGGAGCACAGUUUAAAGUUACUAGAGAAGAAGUGGAUAAUUUUUCUUUAAGAAGUCACCUUCUGUGGAAAGCUGCUAAUGAGGGUAAUUAUUUCAAAUCUGAAAUAGUACCUGUGCCUAUAAAAACAAGAAAACAAGAAGUAUCUAUUGAAGUUGAUGAACAUCCUAGACCUCAAGCAAAACUUAAUGAUCUGUCAAAGUUACCUUCCAUUUUUAAGAAAGAUGGUCUGGUGACUGCAGGAUCAGCAUCUGGUGUUAGUGAUGGUGCUGCGGCACUAAUUUUAGCUAGUGAAGGAGCUGUCAAAACUCAUGGGCUCAAGCCAUUGGCACGUUUGGUAGGUUAUAGUACUGUUGGUGUGGACCCAAGUAUCAUGGGAAUUGGACCAUCUCCUGCAAUUAAAAAUUUACUUAAAGCUACAGGGAAAACAUUAGAUGAUAUAGAACUGGUUGAGAUUAAUGAAGCUUUUGCAGCACAAACACUUGCAUGUGUUAAAGAUUUAAAUUUGGAUCUUAAUAAAUUAAAUGUAAAUGGUGGAGCUAUUGCUAUUGGGCAUCCUCUUGGAGCUUCUGGAUCUCGAAUUACUUCUCUUAUUGUUCACGAAUUGAGAAGAAGGAAUGCUAGAAAAUUUGGAAUUGGAUCAGCUUGUAUUGGUGGCGGUCAAGGAAUAGCUGUUAUGCUCGAAGCAGUUUGAAUAACAUUAAGUCUUAAAUAUUGUAAUCAUUUUAAAUUAAAAGAACUUAGGUUUUCCUUUUAAAUAUAAUU